AUGGCGUCCAAACUAGCGACCCUUCUAUCCCUAGUCUCCCUCCUAGCACCCAGCACCGCCGCCGCCGAGACCGUGCUAGGCGUCUACAUCUUCCACCGGCACGGCGACCGUACGCCCAAAUCCCUCGGCAACGUGAACCUGACUGCGCUAGGCGCAGACCAAGUCUACCAAUCCGGAUCCUACUAUCGCUCCCGCUACGUCUCCUCCUCCUCCAGCUCCCCCAUCCUGGGCCUGCAGCCCGACAUCGCCGACACAGAACAAGUCGCCAUCAGCGCCGCGGCCGACGCCGUGUUGCAAAACUCAGCUUUCUCCUUCCUUCAGGGUGUGUACCCGCCUGCCGGGACAGCAGGCGCACAGGAGCUCGCCAACGGGUCGACGGUCCAGGGACCGUUGGGGGGGUAUCAGUACGUACCUGUGAAUUUGGUGGUGAGCGCGACGACAAGCGCCGAUGCCGAGAGCAGCGAGUGGUUGCAGGGCGGGAGCGGGUGCGGGAAGGCGGUCGUGAGCUCGAACAAUUAUUUCGUGUCGAGUGAGUAUAAGACGACAUACAAUGAGACGGCAGAUUUCUACCAGGCGUUGUUGCCGGUGAUUAAUGGGACGUUCGGGGAGAGCAAGGCGAAUUUUAAGAACGCCUAUACGAUCUUUGACCUUGUAAACGUAGCCACCAUCCACAACAAAACCAUACCCUCCUCCUCCCUGCUCACAAACAGCACCCUUGACGAUCUGAAAUGGUACGCCAACACGCACGAAUGGAACCUUGCUUACAACGCCUCGGACCCCAUCCGCGCCGUCGCCGGCAUGACCCUCGCGGGGCAAAUCCUCGCGGCACUGAACGCGACCCUUACCGGCGAAAGCGCCACGCCCUUCAACGUCCAAUUCGGUGCCUACGCUAGCUUCCUGUCCUUCUUCGGCCUGGCGCAAAUGCCCGCCAUCAGUGAGGACUUCACCGGCGUCGUCGACUACGCGUCCUCCAUGGUUUUCGAGCUCGUGACCAACUCCAGUGUCUCUUCAGGGGGAAGCUACCCGAGCAAUGAUGACGUGUCCGUCCGUUUCCUCUUCGUCAACGGCUCGGCGGGCCUCGUAGAGCCGCAGGCCUACCCGUUGUUCGGACGCCAGGAGACCGAACUCCCCUGGUCGACCUUCGUCACCGAGAUGAACAAGUUCGCCGUCGCCGAUACCAAGUCGUGGUGCGCGGCGUGCGGCAAUUCGACGGGCGUCUGUGCUUCUUCUGCUUCUAGCUCAGGGGGGGAUGCGUCGACGAGCUCUACAGGUGGCAGUGACCGCGGGAACGGCAUCUCUUUGCCGGUUGCUGGUGUCAUCGGCGCCCUCGUCACAUUGGUUGUCAUUCUCGGCAUCGAGGGGCUGGUCUACGCCAUUGCUGGGCUGAAGCUCGUCAAGAAGUCGACGCUGGCGGGCGCGACGGCAACGAGUGGUGGUGCAGGGGUUGCCGGAUCCAAGGCUUAG